CAGGGUCUAUAGACGAGCCCACAGGAAGCAGCAGCAGCCCGAGUCUCAGGCACGCAGGCAGGCGAGUGUAACUGUCAGACCCGCGGCUGAUGCAGGAGCAGAUAAGCCGCCGGCUGUGUGGGAUGCGUGUUACUGAACCAGCGCGGCUCUUUACUUUAGUUUAAUUUAGUUUACAGGGUGUGAAAAUGUUUCGGAAGAGAAAGGAGCUCACUAAAGCGCCUUCCAUCUCUAAGAAGAACCAGUCAGGAAGUCCUGUUCCGCACAGCACCUUGCUCUCCGUUCUUCAGGAACAGCCUCACAGAGACACUACCGAUGGUCUGUCCACUCUGGCCCUGCCAGACUCCAUCCCUUCCUCAUGCCCCAGCACUCCAUCCAUUCACUCCAAGCUGGGAGGAUGCUCCUCUCCAGCCCCAAACCUCAAGCGGCCCACAGCACUGAGCCGCCACGCCAGCGCCGCCGGCUUCCCCUUCCAGACUGCUGGAACCUGGGGCUUCAACAAGGCCCAUGGCAGGGCAGCUCUGGCCCAAAGCCCGACCUUGGAGAAUGCAGAGGGCACAGUGAUCGAUGUGGAGGAAAUCCCUCCUCUGCUGAGGGAUGUGGCCCGCUUUGCAGAUGCUGUAGAGAAGCUGAAAGAUGUGGUGCUUGUGGAAGAGAAGGAGUCUCGGAGGGCAGUGGCUCACGAGUGCUUGGGGAAGGUUCUGCGGGUCUUGCGGCAGGUGAUCAGCACCUACCCUCUGCUCAACACUGUGGAAACACUCACAGCUGCAGGAACACUCAUCUCCAAGGUCAAAGGCUUCAGUUAUGAAGGCAGCAAUGAAGCUCAGAAGAAGGAUUUCGAGAAAGCCAUCGAGACCAUCGCAGUGGCCUUCAGCAGCAAUGUGUCAGAGUUGCUGAUGGGGGAGGUGGACAGCAGUACCCUUCUAUCCCUGCCUCCGACUGAGAAAAGCAGGUCCAUGGAGAACCUGUGUGGAUCUUCUGCGGGGCAGGGAAUGGAUGGAGGUGGAGGAUGUGAUCAUGAGGACUGCAUGAUGAGCCCAGAGGAAGUGGAUAUCCUGCUGCAGCACAGUGAGGGUGGGGUGGACUGUGCACUGUCCUAUGCAAAAACCAUCGCUAAAUACAUGAAGGACAUCAUCAACUAUGUAGACAAACGCAUCGCUCUCGAGAUGGAAUUUGCUAAAGGUCUGCAGAGGCUUUACCAUUCGAGCAAGCAGAGCAUCAGUCAGAACCACAUGCCUUUGCUCUCUAUUUAUUCUCUGGCUCUUGAGCAGGACUUGGAGCAGAGUGUCGGGGUGCAGCAGUCCACGAACUCUGUCCUCUUUCACUCCUUUCUACAGCCGCUGAUGCAGCGUAAACAGGAGCACGAAAAGAAGCGUAGAGAGAUUAAAGAGCUGUGGCAGAGGGCCAAGAGGAAACUGGCGGAUGCUGAGAACAACCUGCGUAAGGCCCGGGGGUGGUACCUGACCCGCUGUGAGGAGUACGAGAAGGCCCGUUCGGUGGCCAAUAAAGUGGAGGAAGAGCACGGCGGAACAGGAAGUGGCUCCACCAACAAAGCGCUGGACAGGAAGAGACGACUGGAGGAGGAAGCUCGCAACAAGGCAGAGGAGGCUGAAGCCACAUAUAAGACGUGUAUUGCAGACGCCACCACACAGCAGCAGGAGCUGGAGGAUGUGAAGGUGAACGUGCUGAAACAGAUCCAGGACAUCAUCAGACAGAGUGACCAGAUUCUGCGGGCGUGCACCAUCUCCUACUACCAGAUCCUGCACAUGCAGACAGCUGCGCUGCCAGUGCACUACCAGACUCUGUGUGAGAGCUGUAAACUGUACGAUCUGGGUCAGCAGUACGCCGCUCACGUCAAAAACCUGCAUCUGAGCGCAGAGCGCAUCACAGUCUACCAGUUCGAGCCGUACUCCGCCUCCAGCUCACAGCAUGUCCGCACACGACAUGACAGCCUCACUGAGGACCAGCGACAGAGCUCUCAGAGUACGGAGGCCACAUCCCCCAGUGAGGAAGGAGUGCCUGGAGACAGCGGCACGGUCAAACACAGAAGAGGCCGAGGUCAUCAGGCUCAUAAGUCCUGGCCAUCUACCUUAAGUGAUACGGAUAGUGUGGGCGGAGGAAGUGGACUGGGUUCUCCCACCACCAGCACAGGAGAUGUCUCAAAGGCUUCUCGCCCGGUUUCAGCUGGAACCUUGUCGUCCAACGAGGACCUGGAUGACCAAGAUGGGAACAUGGCUUCUUUUGAACAAAGUAUGAAUGGAAUUGAGCCGGAGAUGACUGUGUCCACCGGGCCAUUUCGAAACGUGGGUCUGUCCAAAGCUGCCAAGACUCAUCGGCUUCGGAAACUCCGCACGCCGUCAAAGUGCCGCGAGUGUGACAGCUAUGUGUACUUCCAGGGAGCUGAGUGUGAGGAGUGUUUCCUGGCCUGCCAUAAGAAGUGUCUUGAGUCCCUGGCCAUCCAGUGUGGUCAUAAGAAGCUGCAGGGCCGACUGCAGCUGUUCGGCCGAGACUUCUCCCAGGUGCUGCAGGGCAACACUGAGGGCGUUCCCUUCAUCAUCAAGAAAUGCAUCCAGGAGAUUGAGAGGAGGGCACUGAAGAUGAAGGGAAUCUACCGUGUAAAUGGAGUAAAGACGCGUGUGGAAAAGUUGUGUCAGGCCUUUGAAAAUGGAAAAGAACUGGUGGAACUUUCUCAGGCUUCUCCCCACGACAUCAGCAAUGUGCUCAAACUCUACCUGCGACAGCUGCCCGAGCCCAUCAUGCCGUUCCGCAUGUACAACGCGCUGAUGGGAUUGGCGAAGGAGAGUCUGCAUUCUAAAGGAGGAGAGGGGGUUAAAGGCCCAGAGCUGGAAGACCUGGGACCACAGACUGACCCGAAGGUGAUCACUCUGGUAGAGAAACUCAGAGAACUGUUGAAAGAUCUCCCAUCCACCAACAUCGGCACACUGAAAUGCAUCAUACGGCAUCUACGCAGAGUGGCUCAGCUGGAACAGGAUAAUAAAAUGAGCCCCAGUAAUCUGGGAAUCGUGUUCGGACCGACGCUGAUGAGACCCAGACCCACCGGUGCCACCGUCUCGCUCUCUUCUCUGGUGGAUUACCCACACCAGGCACGCAUCGUGGAAGCCCUCAUCAUCUUUCAGGAGCACAUCUUUAUCUCUUCUGACUACUCAUCUGGUAUAACCUUCACAUGUCAGAGACAGGAGAGUGCUGAUGGAACUCCAGAAGGCGAGGAGGAUCAGAGCAGACUGAUCACAGAGCAGGACUGUGGUAACUCUCUGGGCUCGUCCGGUUCCCGGGAGCGCUCUCUGGACUCGGACUCUGAUCCCGAGGAUCUGGGGAAAGGGAGCAAGCGGCGCCCCCCUCUGGUCAGCCAGGAGAGUGAGACCAGCACAGAGGACGACCAGCUGAGUCCCAGAGUCAGCCUGGACCUGAGCACCAUCGUACCAGAGACCAUCCCAGAGCAGCCGGUCAGCACACCCGACUCUGAGCCCGGAGAUUCUGAACAGCUCUCAGAUCAGUAAACAACUGCAGAAGCUGCAGGACUUUAAUAUUUUCACCGUGACUGAAGAUGUCUGAAGUGGACAGUCCAGCUUGUGUCUAGGCUAAAAUAGGCUUAGCUAAUGUACUGUUCUAAUGCACUGAAAUGUUCUGUACCACUGUUUCUAUUUUUCUGGUUCUAUUUUUGGGACUGGACAAUGAUAUCUAGGGUAUAUUAUAUUUUUUGACAUACACUGAUCUGCCACAACAUUAGUACUAUCUGCAUAAUAUUCAGUAGUCCUCCUAGAGUGCAACCACAACAGACCUGAACACUGGUAUCUUACACCAGGACGCUAACAAUAGAUCCUUUAAGGCUUUUAAAAUCGAGAUUAAAAGGAAAGCCUUAAAGAUCGGAGGAAAUUCUUUGUUCUGUCAGUGAUUGCUCAGUCUCUAUGUGAGAGAACUGCUAAAAAAUGAAUGAUCAAUUGAUUAUAGAUUAUGGAUUAUUGAUGCCCUGAAAACCCCAGCUAGAUAAAGCAAUGACUGCUAAAACCAAUGAGUGAGUGCAAGAUGUAGAUGACAUGAAAUAAUGUAUUUAUUCACUCGUUCGUAUACUUUUCUGUUUAUAUACUGCUUUCUUUUAUUUAAUUUUAUUACCAUUUUCUCCCCAAUUUACACGGCCAAUUACCCAACCCACUCAUUAGGACUCCCCCUUUCAUUAGUAAUGCCCCAACACACCAGGAGGGUGAAGACUAACACAUGCUUCCUCUGAUACAUGUGAAGUCAGCCACCGCUUCUUUUCGAGCUGCUGCUGAUGCAGCAUUGCUGAGUAGCAUCACAGCGCGCUUGGAGGAAAACACAGCGGCUCACAGACGCCAUGUGCUGCGGACCCUUUAGUGAUGUGGGGAGAGAGCGACAUCUACCCAGAGGGAGUGAGGCCUAUUUUGCGCCGGCAGCUUGAUGGCAAAGCUACAUGAAAGCUGGGGUUCGAACCUGUUAUAUACUGCUUUUUUCAGUGUAUUUUUGCUGCGAAUCUGUGCACAAACAACAAACGUGUCUUUUUCAUGGCAUCAUUUCUUUUGUGUUUUUUUUUUUUAAUACAAAACAUGAAUAUUAGAGCUGUCAGACUCGUUACGUGUUCCUCCUGGUGAGAGAUCAUGUAAUCUGUGACCCUGCUUCGCUGAUCAGUAAACCUUAAAUAUUCAUGAUUAGAAGACAAGUUGUGAAAUAUGAAAAGUCAUGUUGUGUUAGCCUGGCUGUGAGGUGGAAAAAAAUAUAUUUUUUUACCAUUUCCUGCAUUAACCACCUUAUCACCCUUCAAGAACUGACUGUUCAUUUCUAUAUAACUGUUCUAUAUAACACCUCACAGCCAGGCUAACACAACAUGACUUUUCAUAUUUCACAACAUGUCUUGUAAUCAUGAAUGUUUAAGUCUUCUGACAGUGGUACUAAUAUUAUGGCAGAUUGGUGUAUCUUCUAUAUUUGAGCAUUCUUUCAUAUUGAUGUAUUUUAAAAGGGCUACUGUUUGAUGUUUUUGAUGUUGAAUGAUCUGUAAUGACUAUAGGACAAUGUUCCAUUAAUCAGAUAGAUCAGCUGUAUUGAUCAGAUUAUGGAACAUCUUUGAUGGUCAUGCUGAAGAAAGUGCCACAGCAUACACAAAUACUGAAUUAAUAAUUUUUUUAAUGAACAUUUUAUUUUUACUACUGAACCUAAAACUACAGUGCUGUACAUCUCUAAAGGAAUUUGCUUUAUUAUAACAUCUUUGCUUUUUUGUACUAAAUUAUACUUUAUACCUUUUUUUUUCCUGUUUAUUGUAUUUUUUAUUUCUAACCAUAUUUUUCUUGAACAUUUUCUUGAAAUAUCGAUUUCUUUCUGCUUGAAUUGUUUGGAGGAUAUGUUUUAGGUAUUGUGCUAAAAAAAAAAGUCUUGAGAAAAUGAUGGGCGUGAUCUUGGAGAACAAAUGUGUGUGAUUUGUACUGUAUGUGCAUAGUGGCAGUAUUAGCUUACUGCUGGUCAGUACGCUACAGCUAAUUCCCAUAGUAUAUUGAUUUUUUUUCUUCUUUUUUUCUUGUUUUACAGUCAUUAAACAUCAUUGUCUAGAGUAUAUAAAAAGUCUCGAUUUGCCAAUUUGCUUUCUGGUAUAUUUAAAUAAUUCUCUAUUAAUUAUGUUUAAACAUUGUGUACUGUACAUAUUGACAUUACCUGUCAUAUAUUUUACUUGGUUGCAUUCUAGAAACAGGAGAAAGCAUUUGGCACUGAACUGUUCAUUUAAUUUAGUCAAUGACUGCUGUAAAUGAGAAUUCUGGAUUAUUUAACUCAGGUUUUUGAGAUCAGAACAAGUGUAAUUGUGUGUAAAGCUACACUCUUAAAAGCACCGUUCAUAAAUACAUUUCUGUUGGCCUGAUUAAA